GGAUAUGACGUCACAUCAUGUAAGAAUAUUUUUCCUAACUCAGAACUUCAACUUAUGGUUUGCCGCUGUGAUUCAAUUUGGACGUAGAUAUCAGACUGGUUUAUAAUUUAAACUGUUUUUCUGUAGUACUUUUUAUUGUUUGUUUAUUUUCGUAGUAAAGUAUACGUCAGUGGGUAAAAACCCGUCUUUACGGCUUUGUUUGCUAGCAUUAGCCUGGAAUUAAACGGACCGAGCGACCAACUGCGAAAAUUCAUUGAAACUCCGUGACUCAUUGUCUUCGUUUGCUAUCCAGUGGGGCCUUCAUAUGUGCGAGUUUUGAGGCAAGUUCGUUAGUGUUGGCUGUGAGGAUCCAGAUUUGAUUAUGGCCGCGGCUGCCCCCUCAGCCCCAGCCUCUGGCUCCACGGCUGAAAGCACAACUUCGGGAUCGAGCAGCUCGGCCGCAGCGGAGGGAGGCAGCCAGGACAGCACCUUCGAGUGUAACAUCUGCCUGGACACCGCGAAAGAUGCUGUGAUCAGUCUUUGCGGACACCUCUUCUGUUGGCCGUGUUUGCAUCAGUGGUUAGAAACUCGACCCAAUAGACAAGUGUGUCCAGUUUGUAAAGCUGGCAUCAGCCGGGACAAAGUCAUCCCCUUAUAUGGGAGGGGGAGCACGGGUCAGCAGGAUCCCAGAGAAAGAACCCCCCCUCGACCUCAAGGACAACGGCCUGAGCCAGAGAACCGCGGUGGUUUUCAGGGGUUCGGCUUCGGCGAUGGAGGUUUCCAGAUGUCGUUCGGAAUCGGCGCCUUCCCGUUUGGUAUUUUCGCCACGGCCUUCAACAUCAACGAUGGUCGGCCUCCCCCAGCAGCUCCUGGGACGCCUCAACACACAGACGAACAGUUUCUAUCCCGACUCUUCCUAUUUGUCGCCCUGGUCAUCAUGUUCUGGCUGCUGAUUGCAUGAAGAGGUCGCACAAAGAUAAACUGUGACGGAUUUGCCUUUUUAGAUCUUUUUAGCAUUUCUACCUUAGACAAAAAAUGAAAAUGUAAUCAUCAGAUUUUCAAAAAUUACAAAACUCAUGAGUAUUUAACAUCAACCACCAGUCAUUGGAAAUUCUUCAAAAAACAUGCAUGCUUGCACUUUCUGCACAUGCAAGAAAGCAGCACCAAUAAAGAAAAAAGUCCAUUUGAUUCCUUCCUAUUAUUUCUCCUCACUGCAGCCCUCAUAGAUGCAACAGACAGUGUCAGGUUUUGAAGGAAAGACUGUAAAUGUUGUGCAUGAUACUGUAAAUGAGAGAUUUUAGUCACUACCCGCCCGGAUGUUUACAAACUUCUACUCUUUUGUCUGCUUUGUGCAGCCAUAAUAAAUUCACUUUCUCCUUUUAAUUUUGGAUGAUCUUUACUUGCUCAGCUCUGUUUCUCUGUAAUUAAAUGUAAAAACAAACUGUACAUGACAAAACAAAAUACUGUUAAAUAUGUAUUAACUUUGCAAAAUGUGUAUAUCCAUUAGUGACAGUAAAGCUUUAUGAAAAAUCAA